CCCGCGCCGCUCGGCCCCGCGCGUCCGCUGAGCGCUGCGCCCCCGCUUUUUUAAUUCCCUCUUUUUUUUUUCCGUUGUUGUCGUUAUUAUUUUUAUUUCCGAUUUUUUGUUGUUGUUAAUUAUUAUUACUAUUCUUUUUUCCAUCCCACCCCCACAUCCCGAGUGGUUUUUUUUUCUUUGUGGCGGGUGGCGGCGGUUUCGAUUUUUGUUGUUGUUGUUAUUCGAAUUCCUCCUCCGGAUCUCCGCUCUCCCGCCGAGCCCGGCUCUCCGCGCAGGCCGCGGCCCGCGAUGGGCGCGGUGGUGGCGGUGCGGCGGUGCGGGCGCUCCGCGGGGCGCUGAGCGGACGCGGAGCGGCGCGGGGCGCGCCAUGGCCGCCAAGGACAACCCGUGCAGGAAGUUCCAGGCCAACAUCUUCAACAAGAGCAAGUGCCAGAACUGCUUCAAGCCCCGCGAGUCCCACCUGCUCAACGACGAGGAUCUCAACCAGGCCAAACCCAUUUAUGGUGGCUGGCUGCUGCUGGCCCCCGAAGGAACGGACUUUGACAAUCCUGUCCAUCGCUCUCGGAAAUGGCAGCGCCGGUUCUUCAUCCUCUACGAGCACGGGUUGCUGCGCUACGCCCUCGACGAGAUGCCGACGACGCUCCCACAGGGCACCAUCAACAUGAACCAGUGCACGGAUGUGGUGGAUGGGGAGAGCCGCACAGGGCAGAAAUUCUCCUUAUGCAUCCUAACGCCAGAGAAAGAGCACUUCAUCCGGGCUGAGAACAAGGAGAUCAUCAGCGGGUGGCUGGAGAUGCUGAUAGUCUACCCAAGAACGAACAAGCAGAACCAGAAGAAGAAGAGGAAGGUAGAGCCCCCAACUCCACAGGAACCUGGCCCUGCGAAAAUGGCUGUGACCAGCAGCAACAUCCCCAGUGCUGAGAAGGUCCCCACCACCAAGUCCACAUUGUGGCAGGAGGAAAUGAGGGGCAAAGAGCCAGCAGACACGAGCAGCAGCAUCAGCCCAGCACAGAGCCCAGUGCAGGGGGCUGCCAGCUCCCUGAAGGAUCCCGUAUUGGACAGCAAGGAAGACGAGAGCUCCAUGAAUGGGGACCGGAUAGACUGUGGGCGGAAGACUCGUGUUGAGAGCGGCUACUUCUCCUUGGAGAAGACCAAGCAAGACUCGAAGCUGGAAGAGCAGCAGCUGCCACCACCACCGAGCCCACCCAGCCCCAGCACCCCAAACAACAGGUACAGUUAUCCCAAAUCGCCCUCACAGGAGCAUGCCCAGCCCUUUCCUUCCCCAGGUACCCGAUCAGGCGACCGAGUGAUUCACAGCUUUUCUCUGAACUCCUUGGACUCGAAGAGCAGUUGCCCCAUGCACAAGGACUCCAGCAGAGAUGUAGGAAGGGGAGCUGAAAAAUCGGGGCGUCCCCUUUCUUUUAAAGCCAGCCGGCAGUACACCACCCUGGCCGACGUUCCCAAGGCCGUUAGGAUCAGUAAUCGUGAGGCCUUCCAGGUGGAGAGGAAGCGGCUAGAGCGGAGAACCCGGGCACGUAGCCCUGGGAGAGAAGAAGUGGCCCGGCUCUUUGGCAAUGAGAGAAGGCGAUCUCAGGUAAUUGAGAAAUUUGAAGCAUUAGACAUUGAGAAUGCAGAGCACAUGGAGACGAGCGUGCCAGCAGGAGCUGCCCUUUCCAGCGAGACACGGCAGGGCAGGAGUGAGAAGAGGGUUUUCCCACGGAAACGGGACUUCACGUGCGAAGGGACAGCCAUGGGCUCCAUCCUGGACGUGUCUGCAUCUCCGCUGUCCCCACACCGCCGGGCCAAGUCACUGGACAGAAGGUCCACAGAGUCCUCCAUGACGCCUGAUUUGCUGAACUUCAAGAAGGGCUGGCUGACAAAGCAGUAUGAGGAUGGGCAGUGGAAGAAGCACUGGUUUGUGCUGACUGACCAAAGCCUGAGAUACUACCGGGAUUCAGUGGCAGAGGAGGCAGCAGACCUGGAUGGAGAAAUCGAUUUAUCAACAUGCUAUGAUGUCACUGAGUACCCAGUUCAGCGGAACUACGGCUUCCAGAUCCACACAAAGGAAGGGGAAUUCACCCUCUCUGCCAUGACGUCUGGCAUCCGCCGCAACUGGAUUCAGACCAUCAUGAAGCACGUUCGCCCCACCACUGCACCUGAUGUAACGAGCUCCCUACCAGAGGAGAAAAGCAAAACGAGCUCAUCCUUUGAGCCCAGCCCAAAGCCCAGCGAGAAGCCAGAUGCGGAGCAAACUGAGCUGGACUCGGAGCAGAAACGGAGCCGCGCACGGGAGCGCCGGCGAGAAGGACGAUCCAAGACCUUUGACUGGGCUGAGUUCCGCCCCAUCCAGCAAGCCCUGGCUCAGGAGCGUGCCAACGCCGCCGACUCCUCCAAGAGUGGCACCUCUGCCUUCUCCAGGGACAGCAGCACGGCCGACACCGACCCAGGCGAGCUGGAGCGGGAGCGGGCCCGGCGGCGAGAGGAGCGGCGCAAACGCUUUGAGAUGGUUGACACAGUGGAUGGAGCAGGGCCAGAAGAGACACUGAGGAUGGAGGUGGAUCGGAUCCUGCCUGUCCCCGCAGACAUCAAACCGCAGAACGUCCACGUGGAGAUCGAGCAGCGGUGGCACCAGGUGGAGACCACCCCACUGCGGGAGGAGAAGCAGAUCCCCAUCGCCCCCCUGCACCUUGCUCAUGCUGAAGACCGGGAAGAGGGGCUGUCGAAGCAGCACCUGACCACACUGCUGGAGAAAGAGCUGGAGCAGAAACAGAAGGAGGCCCUGGAGCUCCUGGAACAGAACCGACACCUGCAGGACCAGCUGAAAGUGGCACUGGGUCGGGAGCAGAGUGCCCGUGAGGGCUACGUGUUGCAGACCGAGGUGGCCGCCUCGCCGUCAGGUGCCUGGCAGAGGCUCCACAAAGUCAACCAAGACCUCCAAAACGAGCUGGAAGCGCAAUGCCAGCGUCAAGAGCUGAUCAAUCAGCAGAUCCAGUCACUGAAGCGCAGCUAUGCCGAGGCUAAGGACGUCAUCCGGCACCACGAAGCUGAGAUUCAGAGCCUGCAGGCGAGGCUCAGCAACGCGGCGGCCGAGCUCUCCAUCAAGGAGCAGACCCUGGCCAAGCUCAGGAGCGACCUGAGGAGCGAGAAGGAGAAGGCCAAGGAGCAGCUGGAGGAGUGGCAGCAUGGCGAGGCCGCGCUCAGCUCCCAGCUGAAGGCCAGCGAGCAGAAGCUGAAGAACGCCGAGGCUCUGCUCCUUGAGAAGACCCAGGAGCUGCGGGACCUGGAAAUGCAGCAGGCUCUGCAGAGGGACCACCAGAAGGAGGUGCAGCGGCUGCAGGACAGGAUCGCGGAGCUGAGCAGGCAGCUGAAUGCCAGCGAGCAGACGCGCAUCCUCAUGGAGGAGAAGCUGCAGAAGAAUUACGAGGCUUUGCUGGAGAGCUGUGAGAGGGAAAAGCAGGUUUUAAUACGGAGUCUGAAGGAGGUGGAGGAUAGGGCCAACGAGUAUGAGAAUCAGCUGCAAAACAGCGAGCAGCAAAUGGAAAUUCUGCAGAAGGAAAAGCUGAGUGCAAAGUUCGAGGGCAGUGAGCUUGUCCACCAGCUGGAGGAGCAGCUGCUGCUGAAGGAGGCCAGCAUCCAGAAACUGGGCGAGCACAUCAAGGAGCUUGAGAGGGAAAGAGAUCAGAUCAAAUGUCGGUUCCAUGAGCUCAUGAAUCAAGUUGCUGAGUCAGAUAAUGAGGUUGCAAAGCUGCAAGCCAAGUUGAAAAUGGAAGAGACCAACUACCACAAUCUGGAGCAAUCAUUUGAGGAGGUGUCAGAUCAGUUCCAGGGUGUGCAGAAAGUGCUGAAAGAAAAAGAGGAGGAACUGAGGCACGUUAAGGAAAUGCACUUGAGAAUUGUGGAGAAGAAAGAUCAAGAUCUCAGUGAGGCUUUGGUUAAAAUGGUUGCUUUGGAUAGCAGUUUAGAGGAGACUAAAGUAAGGCUAAAGGCCAAGGAGGAGGCUUUAAGGAAAUUAACCAGCGUAGGUGCAGGGCCAAGUGCUGAGGAGGCAGAUGAUGUUGGCUGCCAUCUUGAGGCUGACGAAAGUCACCCAUCUCAGCUGGGGCAGCCUCUGCCAACUCACGAUGCCCUCCCAGCUCUGACCUAUGCGCUGAAGGAGGACGAGGUCCUUGAAACCAGCCAAAGGCAAGCGGAGGAAUUUGACUCCCCUUCCAAAGCUGCGGAGCUCCAGGACCAAGAGUUGGCUCAGAAAGCCUUAGCAAAGCCUGAGGUAGGAAUCAUGGGGGCCAAGAGGCAGAGAAUCCGUUUCUCGAGCAUCCAGUGCCAAAAAUACAUCCACCCAGAUGGAUCGGAGAAAAACUGGACGAGCAGUACCUCUUCUGACACCAGCCAGGACAGGUCCUUGUCUGAGGAAAGCAUGUCUUCGGAGCCAGCUCCUGGCUAUCCAUCAUCAGCGGCAAGCGACUCCGAGACCUACCUCUCCAUCAUCCACUCUCUGGAAACCAAGCUGUAUAUUACAGAGGAAAAACUGAAAGAUGUAACCAUGAAGCUGGAGAGCCAGCACGGCCAUAACCAGGAGACUCUCAUCGCCCUGCACCACCAGUGGGCCAGCACGGAGUCUCAGCUGCGGGAGCAGCUCCAGAGCAGCUUAUCCCAAGUCAGUGCUCUUGUCUCACAGCUGGAGAGCGAGAGGCAGGAGAAGCUCAAGCUCAUAGAAAAUCACGUUAGCGAGCUGGGAGGUUUCCAGGUGAAAAACAAUCAAGCGCUGGCUUGCUUAGAGAAGUGCAGGGAGCAGCUCAGAUCUCUGCCCAAGUCAGAUAAGGAGCAAGAGAGCGAUUUGUUCCUUGUUACUCUAUCCAGCAUGGAAACGACCUUAUCGAGUGCAAUCCAGGCCUUGGGAGGGGCACCGGCCCCGCCUGAGCCUCAGCAGAGUGAGGGCCUCAUUGCAGGGUCCCCUGCAUCACAGGGGGGGGUGCUGGGUGACGGGGAGCCCGUCUCUGAGGAGCAGCCAGCGGGGACGUUUGGUGCGGGCCAGUUGAGGUGGCUGUCUGAGAAAGUGGCCUUUGAGGCCUCUCUUAUCAGCCAGAUAGCAGAGUCUCUGAAAAACGCAGGCUCUGAGAUAUCGCAGCUUCUCAGGGAGAUCCAGGGGACGGCGGAGGUGGCUCUGAUAGAGCCGGCAGGUGCUUCUCGCACAGCAGUUGACUUGGCCGGUGUCCUAUCUAAGAAGCUGCUGCUGGAAGGAGAGUUCUGGAGCCAGGUGGAGGAGCUGAGAGUGCACCUGAGCGCCAGGGAGGGAGAAGCAGAGGGCAAAACAGAAGCAGCAGGUUUGGGCUUUUCUCCGUGUUUUCUCAGUGCUGUAGCAGAUGCUACAUUGAUCAAAGCAGAACUUGGGUUUGUGGCACAGAAGAUGAGGGAAUCUUUUCACCAGAGAUUAAAAGUGAUUGAAGAAGACCUCCAUAACACCAAAACAGCUCUCCAGCAGCACAAGUGCAUGUUGGAGGAAAUUCUCAAGGCUUACAGGACUCCUGAUUUUGACAGAGUUGUGCAUCAGAUUUCUGAAGCACUUGAAAUUCAGAAAGAUGCUUCAGAAAGAGCCCAGAUCUCCUGGGAUGGGAGCUGCCUCCAAAUGGGACCGUGCCAGGAGGGGGCCAAGAUGGAGGAGGUGCGUGGCCUACCAGGCCAUAGCAGUGGUGAAGCUCUUGUUUCCAUUCAGGAAGAUCUUGCCCAACAGCUAAAAGACAAAUCCAAUGUUCUUAAGGAAAUCUCUGUUGCCUUACUUUCUCUGCCUCCUGAGGAGGCCAUGAGAGAUUGCCAGAAGCUCUUCAAGAUAUCUCAGAGUCUUUCAUAUCACUCAUGCAUGGCAGACCUGGAGCACUACUCCUCUUUGUUGGUCCAGGAUGCAAUAGUUCAGGCUCAGGUUUGUUACGCUGCGUGCAAGGUCCGCCUGGAGUACGAGAGAGAGCUGAAGUCGUACAAGGAGUCCUUGCAGAGCAUGGAUGCACUGUGCCAGGAGCGUGUGAAAACCGUCUCCCUGCUCCGGGAUGAGUACGAAGAGCUGCUGAGGAAGCAGCAGGGUGAGUACGGUGAGGUGAUCGCCAUGCUGGAGCGGGAGAACGCCGACCUCAAAGCCAAGGUCUCCCAGCUCGAAGGUCAGCGGAGGCUCUUGGAAGAAGAGGAGCACAAACACAGCAAAACUUUGAGCGAGUUGCAGGGCCGGUACGAGGAGGAGAUUCGGAACGUGAUUGAACAGCUGAACAGGACGGAGGAUGCUCUGAAGGCUGAGAGGACGGAGGGCCUCAACCAGCUGGAUGCCAUCGUCCGCGACAAGCAGGACAUGGAGCGCUACCACCUGGAGCAGAUGCAGAUGCUGGAGGACAAGUUCCAGGCCAAGAUCAAGGAGCUGCAGGCCAUCCAUGGCGAGGAGCUGCAGGCUCUGCAGGAGCACUACAGCCAGAACCUGCAGCGCCUGCAGCACGCCCUUGAUGAAUACCAGCAGCAGCACCCAGAUGCGGUCCCUGCGGUGGGACCGGGCGCUGGGGAUGGCUGGGGGGCCGGGGAGCCGGGUGACACCGGGCAGGAACCCGGCGGGGACCUGGACUCCAUGCACGGCCUGCGGGAACGCAUCCAGGAGCUGGAGGCCCAGAUGAAUGUGAUGAGGGAUGAGCUGGAGAACAAGCACCUGGAGGGCAGCGCUUCCAUGCUGAGGGAAAAGUACCAGAAGGACUUUGAGAACCUAAAGGCAACAUGUGAGAGGGGCUUUGCAGCCAUGGAGGAGACGCACCAGAAGAAGAUUGAGGACCUGCAGCGGCAGCACCAGCGGGAGCUGGAGAAGCUGCGGGAGGAGAAGGACCGCCUGCUGGCAGAGGAAACAGCUGCCACCAUUUCAGCCAUUGAAGCCAUGAAGAACGCACACCGGGAGGAGCUGGAGCGAGAGCUGGAGAAGUCGCAGCGCUCACAGAUCAGCAGCGUUAACGCCGACAUCGAGGCCCUCCGGAGGCAGUAUCUGGAGGAGCUGCAGUCGGUGCAGCGGGAACUGGAGGUGCUGUCAGAGCAGUAUUCACAGAAGUGCUUGGAGAACGCCCACCUGGCGCAGGCGCUGGAGGCUGAGAGGCAGGCCCUCCGCCAGUGCCAGCGGGAGAACCAGGAGCUCAACGCCCACAACCAGGAGCUGAAUAACCGCCUGGCUGCGGAGAUCACGCGGUUGCGGACCUUGCUGACCGGGGAGGGUGGAGGAGAGGCUGCUGGGUCGCCUCUCACCCAGGGCAAAGAUGCCUACGAGCUGGAGGUCCUGCUGAGGGUCAAAGAGUCAGAAAUCCAGUACCUGAAGCAGGAGAUCAGCUCUCUCAAAGACGAGCUGCAGACGGCACUGAGGGAUAAGAAAUACGCCAGCGACAAGUACAAAGACAUCUACACAGAGCUGAGCAUUGUGAAGGCCAAGGCAGACUGUGAUAUCAGCAGGUUGAAAGAGCAGCUGAAAGCAGCCACAGAAGCUCAGGGAGAGAAAUCCCCUGUGAACACCACUGUAUCGGGAUAUGAUAUUAUGAAAUCAAAAAGCAACCCUGAUUUCUUGAAGAAAGACAGAUCCAGUGUUAGCCGGCAACUAAGGAAUAUCAGGUCAAAGUCCGUUAUUGAGCAGGUCUCAUGGGAUAACUGAAAUGAACCCGAGUCCAGGUUCCCUGCCACGUAGAGCCUAAAGGAAGGCCUGACCGUGCAAGAACGCCUGAAGCUUUUUGAAUCCAGGGACUUGAAGAACGACUAGCUCUCCCCGCUCCGCUUCACCACGCGCACCUCCCGGCUUGAGGCAGCACAGCACCAGCACCGUUCGUCCCACGCCGCUCACCGCCGUCCUCGCUGACGUUUGGCCCCACGGCCCCCCUCACCACCCCCCUUUUCCCCGCUUGUGAGACGCUUCUGAGACUCUUGAGAGGGAGAGGAAGGGAUUGGGCUGUGGGUUUUGUGGGUUAUUAUUAUUAUUAUUAUUUUUUUUCCCCUCUUCAGCGCUUUGUAGGAGAUCCCUUCCUUUACUGUAAACCAUUACACUAAGUGUCAGUAUUAAGGCUCAGUAGCCUGUGAAUAAGCUAGCUCCGUCGUACCAACAGCUUGGUAUGCACGCAGGGCUGGGUGGCGGGGGCCAUCCCUCUUACUACUGUCACGAGCCCCCAGUGCUCAGAGCACACCGGGAGCUUCAUUUGCCGUUGAUUGCGUCGACUGCAUCUCUUGCACCUGCAAUAGGGGAAAGCCUGUGGGAUGCUGCAGGGGUGCCUGGAGGAGCCACCCCGAUGCCUGGCUGGCAGAGGACACAGUGCCCGGGCACCAGCAUUGGGUAGGGGCUGCCGUGGGCACCUGGUAUGCAGGGGGAGGGGGGAAGCGUUCCUGGGGCCGAGCUGUGAGGUCACUUCUUGCCUCUCCUAGAUCCAGCCCAGCACUGUUUUUUUGCUGUUACUCCCUUCCUCUCAUUGAGUCCCGUGUAUCUUAGGGUCUGUGCGCAUGUGAAACUCCUUUUUCCUAGUCCAAGGAAAGUAGAGUAGAAAGUAGAGCCACUAUUGACUGAAAAUGCACAGUGCUCAAUGCAUAUAAUGCUCCUUUUUUAUCAGCUUCUUGAACUCGACUCUUCCUGUCAGCAGGGCAGCUCCUAUUUUAAUUCGUUAAUCUUUUCCUGAAAUAAAAGUCUGAAAACGAGUCUGUGCUUCAGACCUGCUCAGUCACAGCAGCUUCUGUAUGCGGAGCAGGCAGUGCCACGAGGUCCAUAGGUGAGUGCAGAGCUCGGUGCUGGCUGCAGGAGCAUCAUCUCCACGUGCUUUGUGCACCUACAGAACCCCGGCUGUGAGUGGGGUGAAUCAUUGCCCCAUCGCUCCCCAGUCUGACAUGGCUGCGUCACUUUGGAUUUUGGGAGAUUUUUUAGGUGGAGCUGAGCUGUUUCUCGAUUUCUCUGUGCUCACCCGAGGUGGAAGCAGGUGUGUGUGCUCUUGUGGCUAAUUUGGGUCUCGUUGGGCAUGCUGUGUGGCCAGCUGGGAGGUCCAUCUGCAAGGAUAGAUGCUCUCACUGAGUGCUCCAGCAGUGCCACCAGGCAUACUGAGAUGUUCUCCUGCGCUGUGCUUCUGUACCUGGCUGUGUGUGGGAAUCCUGGAGAUGGCAGCAGGGAUCCUCAGCCACUUGGACAUGAAGGCUCUUCCCUCUCCAGCAGAUGUGUGCCCUCUCAGAUGUUCUGCUGUGCAGCCUCACCCCAUCCUGAGCUCACCAUAGUGUUCUCCAUCAUCCAAGCACUGGAGGAGCCUUGGUAGCCCAAGCCUGGAAAAGGGACUUGCUGAUCAGGUGUGUGCAUGGGCCUCUGCCAGCACCUUGUGUGACUGCAGGGUGGGCUGGUGGCACUGUUUUGCACGGGCUCUGCUCUGCUCUUGGGAUGCUUUCAUGCCCUGUGAUCUCCUGGCACAUGGAACAAGGAUGGCACGUGGCAUCAUCACUGUCACCACUCAUCUCUCCCAAGGCUGCACUGGAUGCAGGAGAAUGCCUUCCUCCUCUCGAGAAGCACAGUAGGACUUUGUCCUUCUCAGCCACCUGAGCAGAACGUGAUCUUCCUCUUGCCAUGUGGACUUCAAUCAUUCUUACUUUCCCCAGGAAAGCCUUGCUUUGCUUUGCUGACUUCAUUAUUUUAACCACGACCACCACAAGGGCCACACCUUGUUAUCUCACUGCACAGCACAUGGGAGCUAUGCAGGAUGGGCACUGACUGAUGCCACUGAGCACUGUAACUCCCUAAGAGAGGAUGCUGCCUGCUGCCCACGUGGUACCCAGCCCUGGCUGUCAUGCCUGGUGUGGGUGCUGCAGGAGGUGUAACCCAGUGCAGGGAGACCAGUGCCAAACAGACUGACCAUAGCUUUUGGCUCAGCACACAUCAUUGCGUUCAUGUGGUUUGUGAAAACAGGUGAUGAAGGGCUAAAAGAUGCUGCAGUGGAGAUGGAAUUGGGAUUUGCUGGGGUUACUGCUAUUGGGGAAGCUUGACUUAAUGCACAGCUGCUCCAGUUCUUCUGGGGGCUGAUGGAAAUGCCCCAGUGGCAGCUUCCCUGAGUUCUAAAGUACCAUAAAGCAAAUUGGGGAUGCUCUGUGCUGUACCUUCCUGCAGCAGCACCAUCUGCUGGGGUGAGCAUCCCUUAAAUGGGAACAAAGCAGGAGCACCGCACAGCUGCACAGCAGGAGCAGUCUGGGGCAGGGCCUGGGCUGUCCCCUGGGCUCUGCUGAGUGGCAUCUCUCCAAAGCUGGUGGCAGCCCUCUGCCUCAGUGAGAGAGAGAGGAAGGGCAGCUCCAACAGACAGUGGGGAGUGGGGCGAUUCCUGCGGAGAGAACAAAGCCAGCCAGAAAGGUGAUGGCAGUGAUCCGGAGUUACCCCGCUUCUUCUCUCCUGCUCUGGGCAUCAUUCAUCCUCUUGCCACUGAAGUGACACAGCUGCAGGUACAGACAGUGCCUGUAGGAGAUACCAGGACUUAUUUUCAUCUUCUGCAUAAAAUCCUCCCACCCUCAGCACUGCCAUGCAGCUCACAGCCGCUGCGUUCCUGUGCUGCUGACGCAGAGCUGUUUGCUGUGGCCACUUAUGCACACAGCACGGCUUGCUUUGCCUUUCCUCUUCCCCAUCCUCUCUUUUUUUAAAAGCAAAAACGCUUUGUUAUUCUCUUUUGAACGUAAAUAAUUUAAAAGCUGUAUAGUAUUCCAAGUACGCAAUGUAAAUAUUUGUGACUCAGAAGUCAGCAGAGGGCUCUCUUUUGUGACAGUGUUAUGGUUUUGAUUUCACUGGCUGGGUGAGAGCUGUCACCCCCUGCCUGCCUGCCCUGACGGGCUCUGCUUUGCACUGUUAGAAAUAGCUUCUCACGCCUUUUCUGCUGACCUGCCCUUGAGUUUCGAUGAUACCAGUCUGAAGAAUGCACACGGUCGGUUUGAGAACUGUAACUUCACUGCGCCGUAAACUUUUUUCCACCCUCGAACUGAAUGGCACCACCACGGAGCAGAGCAAAGCACCGCGUGGGGCAGUGCACGCACUACUGCUUUUGGGCUCUGUGCAGGUGCUGCGCAAGGCAGCAGGGGCUCAGCUCAUCCUGCAUGAACACACAGCCUGCAGCACAGCGCUGAGUGCACCAGUGCACAGUGCUGCACACAGCCCCUCAGCAGCAGAUGCAGAAAUGCAACGAGUGAGGACAGGGCAGGGAGGGGAGGCUCACCCCACAGCUGCACCUCGAGACAACCGAAAGAAGGCACGGGUGUGGGAGUUGCUGGCAGAAACCUGAUAAGCCCAUCAAGGUGGUAACAGCUGAAGGCAGCCAGCUGGCCAUGAGCUGGCAAGUAAUUAGUGCAAUUACAAACAAUUAUUUUCUCAUUCUUCCUUCUUUACACAAUGAUAGUGCACAGGAUGUGACAAGAACACUAACUCUUUGUUCUAAACCAGAGAGAGCAAAGUAUGUUGCAGAAUGCUGAAGGUGAUGGCAGGUAGGCACAGAUCAGAGCGCACAGCCCUUGACCCGUUCCUGGGACCUGGUGAUGCGGAUGGCUCCAGCUUUUAAAGAAUCAGUUAUUUGAAGGGAUAAAGUUUUGGGGAGAGAGAAAGGACUGCUGCAAGUCUUUGGGUGGCAUUAGCAGCGGUCAGCACUGGUGGUGCACAGUUUAAGCCACUGCCCAAACCGCAGCCGAAGGGACUCCUGCGUUCCAACACAUGGCGUGCUCUGCCCUUAUACUCGAGAGCUCUGUGCUCCUAAUGGAAACGAUGAGGGGCUGUGAGCAGGAGCUGAGCACAAGGUUACGUGCCCAGACGCAGCAGCCAGCCCUCCACACUAACCUGCAUUUGGCAGCAGCCAUGCUGCAGCACGCACACAGCGGGUGGGGACACUGCUGCUGGCAAACCUGUGGCUGGAGCCCAGCACAGGAGGCCAGGGAGCAGAGCCGUGCUGCAGCUCUGGCUGUAUGCAGCCCCAAGGGCCUCUCUUGCAUCAGAUCCAUCCAGGAAACGAUGCAUCGCACGUGAUUCCAUUCCCUCUGCCAGGGGCUCCUGCUUCUCUGUGUGCACGAGUUCCUCGCCUCUUCCCUCCUCCUCUCUUCCACUCCCAUUUUAUUCACUGCUUUUCGAGGAAUCACUGUUCCUGGUAACUGUUCUCUGUAAUAGAAACAUCACUUUUUUGUCACUGUAUUUAUUCCUUAUACAACCGUGUGCGUCAUGCUAGGUUCCCAUGGAUGUAGCUGAUCAUUUUUAUUUUGUAAAUAUAAUUACCUAACUUUACGUAAACGAUAUCCUAAUAAACUAUUUUUGCACCACCCUUG